AUGGUGAUAAAACAUAAAAGAGUAAAAGUGGGUGAAGAUUUCGCAUCUGAUAUGCGACCGAAAGAGUAUACAAAGUUAAUUACAAUGAUACGCGUGAUAAAAGACUUUACAAUUCAGACGUUUAUAAGAAUUGCCAAAUACGUAUUGUUAAGGAUAAUACUAACUGGAAAGACAUCAAUUACACACUUUUACCUGACUGUUACUAGACUAGAGCAGGGUGCUUCAUGUUAUAAAGCAGUUAAUAGUCCUAUAAGUAGUAAAAAAUGUACUAUAAGUAUUUCAAAGUUAUUGUUCUUUGACAUACUUUUGUGCUGUAAAUUACAUGAGAUAACUGUGUGGAAUAACAGCCUAAAAAUGUACAUUCGUACCAUAACGAACAUUCAGCGAAUAGAGACAGUUACAGUAAAACAGGUAACAGUAUCAAGCAUAAAUCCAUGCGAGACAUACUGUGAUGGUCAGAUCACGGAAAUUUAG